GGAUCUACGAGUUGGGCCCGGAGUUCCCUCCGUGAAAGGCAGGAUGAUCCCAGUGGCGGAGUUCAAGCAGUUCACAGAACAGCAGCCUGCAUUCAAGGUGCUCAAACCCUGGUGGGAUGUAUUGGCUGAGUACCUCACUGUGGCUAUGCUCAUGAUUGGAGUCUUCGGGUGCACCCUUCAGGUGACACAGGACAAGAUCAUCUGCCUGCCCAGCCAUGAACCCCGAGAGAACUUAUCAGAGGCUCCUUGUCAGCAGCUCUUACCUCGAGGGGUCUCUGAGCAGAUGGGGGGCCUCCGAGAACUGAGUGGCCUCAAAAACAACCUCGACCUCCAACAGUACAGCUUUAUUAACCAGCUCUGCUAUGAGACAGCCCUCCACUGGUAUGCCAAGUACUUCCCCUACCUGGUGGUCAUCCACACUCUCAUCUUCAUGGUCUGUACCAGCUUUUGGUUCAAAUUCCCCGGCACCAGCUCCAAGAUCGAACACUUCAUCUCCAUCCUGGGCAAGUGUUUUGAUUCCCCGUGGACCACUCGGGCUUUGUCGGAGGUGUCUGGGGAGAACCACAAGGGCCCAGCUGCUGGACGGGCCAUGGUGUCCACCGUCACCACAACAGGGGCGGGAUCGGGAAAGGCGGGUGAAGGCGAGAAGGAGAAAGUGCUGGUAGAGCCUGAGAAAGUGGUGACGGAGCCUCCAGUUGUCACUCUGCUGGACAAGAAGGAGGGCGAGCAAGCUAAGGCCUUGUUUGAGAAGGUCAAGAAGUUCCGCGUGCACGUGGAAGAGGGCGACAUCCUCUAUUCUAUGUAUAUCCGGCAGACAGUGCUCAAAGUGUGCAAAUUUUUUGCCAUCCUGGUUUACAACCUGGUCUAUGUGGAGAAAAUCAGCUUUCUGGUGUCCUGCAGGGUGGAGACCUCAGAGGUCACAGGGUAUGCCAGCUUUUGCUGCAACCACACCAAGGCCCACCUCUUCUCUAAGCUGGCCUUCUGCUACAUCUCCUUCGUGUGCGUUUACGGCAUCACCUGCCUGUACACUCUCUACUGGCUCUUCCAUAGGCCCCUCAAAGAGUAUUCCUUCCGGUCUGUGCGGGAGGAGACAGGUAUGAAUGACAUCCCGGAUGUGAAGAACGACUUCGCCUUCAUGCUCCACCUCAUUGACCAGUAUGACUCCCUCUAUUCUAAACGGUUUGCCGUCUUCCUCUCGGAAGUCAGUGAGAGCCGCCUGAAGCAACUCAACCUCAACCACGAGUGGACACCUGAGAAGCUGAGGCAGAAGCUGCAGCGCAACACACGCGGCCGGCUGGAGCUGGCCCUCUGCAUGCUCCCUGGACUGCCUGACACGGUCUUUGAGCUCAGUGAGGUGGAAGCCCUCAGACUGGAGGCCAUCUGUGACAUCUCCUUUCCCCCAGGGCUCUCCCAGCUUGUGAACCUUCAGGAGCUCAGCCUGCUUCACUCGCCAGCCAGGCUGCCCUUCUCUUCACAGAUCUUCCUGCGGGAUCGCCUGAAAGUGAUAUAUGUCAAGUUUGAGGAGCUGCGAGAGGUGCCCCUUUGGGUGUUUGGGCUUCGAGGCUUGGAGGAACUGCAUCUCGAAGGGCUCUUCCCUCCAGAAAUGGCCCGGGCUGCCACCCUUGAGAGCCUUCGGGAACUUAAGCAGCUCAAGGUACUGUCUCUGCGUAGCAAUGCUGGGAAGGUGCCAGCCAGUGUGACUGACGUGGCCGGACACCUUCAGCGACUCAGCCUGCACAAUGAUGGGGCUCGCUUGCUUGCCCUCAACAGCCUCAAAAAGCUGGCGGUGCUACGGGAACUGGAGCUGGUGGCCUGUGGGCUGGAGCGCAUCCCCCAUGCAGUCUUUAGCUUGGGUGCUCUGCAGGAACUUGACCUCAAGGACAACCACCUUAGGUCUAUCGAGGAAAUUCUCAGCUUCCAGCACUGUCGGAAGCUGGUCACUCUCAGGCUGUGGCACAACCAGAUAGCCUAUGUUCCUGAACAUGUGAGGAAGCUCCGGGGCCUGGAACAGCUCUACCUCAGUCACAACAAGCUUGAGACUCUUCCCCCCCAGCUUGGCCAGUGCUUUGGCCUCCGCCUGCUAGACGUGUCCCACAAUGGGCUUCGCUCCCUGCCGCCUGAGUUGGGCCUUCUCCAGAGCCUCCAGCAUCUAGCGCUCUCCUACAAUGCACUAGAGAGCCUGCCUGAUGAACUGUUCUUCUGCCAGAAGCUGCGGACAUUGCUCUUGGGCUACAACCACCUAACUCACCUUUCACCCCAUGUGGCCGCCCUCCGGACCCUCAGCCGUCUGGAGCUCAAGGGUAACCGGUUGGAGGCUCUGCCCGAAGAACUUGGUGACUGCAAGGGGCUGAAGAAGUCAGGGCUGCUGGUGGAGGACACCCUUUAUGAGGGACUGCCUGCAGAGGUGCGGGAGAAGAUGGAGGAGGAAUGA